AUAAGACGUGAAGAGACUCUGCAUCAAGCUUGUGUUAUUCGUUUCCUCAAGGUCACAAAUGAACCAAAAUAAUGGAGUUAUUUGGACGAUGAAGAAAAGCAGGCUGGGAAUGACACGAGGACAUGUUUAAAUCGACAAACUGUUAUCAAAGCACUGAUCAACUCAAAGCCAUCACUCCAGCAAUUCAAGUACAUUCUGAUUCAAACAUGACAUUUAAGAGGAACACAAUCUCCACUUCAUAAAUCUGCAUCUAUAGAACCUUCACAUCAUGACCAACGGGCUGCUGGCAGAGGAUAACAUAAGUUCCACUAUUUUCCCCGAAAGCUGUCCAAACUGCAGUGUGAUUUCAUCAUUUGACAUAGACAUUAGUAAAUCACUAGUUCUGGGCCUAGUACUGAUGGUCUUUAUGAUAUUUGGUGUGAUGGGCAAUAUCCUGGUCAUCCUCUCCGUGGCAUGCCAUCGCCACCUUCGCUCCAUGACACACUACUUCGUCGCCAACCUGGCAGUGGCGGAUCUGCUUCUCAGCUCCGUGGUGCUUCCAUUCUCCGCCGCAUCUGAAGCUUUGGGCUGCUGGGCAUUCGGGCGUUCUCUGUGUAACGCCUGGACGGCCCUCGACGUGCUGUGUUGCACAGCCUCUAUCCUAAGCCUUACUGUCAUCUCUGUGGAUCGCUGCGUGGCAGUGAGUUACCCGCUACAUUACCCUUCCUUGGCCACUGGGCGGAGGGCACUGGCAGCGGUGGUGGCCCUCUGGGCUUUCUCAAUAGCGAUCUCCGUCGGCCCGCUGUUUGGAUGGAGAGAUCCGAUGCCGGAGGACGAGUCGGUGUGUAGGGUUAAUGAAGAACAGGGGUAUGCCAUCUUCUCAGCUGCGUGUUCCUUUUACGUGCCACUGACUGUGAUUUUGGCAAUGUACUGUAGGGUGUACGUGGUGGCCCGGCACAAGACUAGUUCCAUGAGUAAAGGCCGAGAGACGAAUGGGUUAACGAAACACGGGGUCAUGCUGAGGAUCCACUGUCGUAAUGCUGUCAAAAAAGAAGCUGAACGAUCAAGCCAUGCCUUUGUGCGUCUGCUCAAGUUCUCCCGGGAGAAGAAGGCCGCCAAGACCUUAGGGAUUGUGGUGGGCUGUUUUGUGCUCUGCUGGCUUCCAUUUUUCCUAGUGCUGCCCAUAAGCUCCAUCUUUCCGUCUCAUAGACCCUCAGACACUGUCUUCAAAAUUACCUUCUGGCUUGGCUACUUCAACAGCUGCCUCAACCCUAUCAUCUACCCGUGCUUCAGCCAGGAGUUCAAGAAGGCUUUCCAGAAUGUUCUACGUUGUCACUGCCUCAGCAGAACACAGAGAGUCUGGAGUCCUCCGGUGCGUUGUCAAGAUGCUACGACCCUGCAUGCCCCCAAACUGGUCUCACCCUUCAGCCUUCAGACUUCUGUUGACAUUAAUAAUGCAUUGCCUAAAGUUGUGGCAUUGACUGAAAAUGACCAUAGUAAGAUUAAUGUGGAUGACAUGCAGAAACAAACACUUGCUGAAACUACAGUACCGUCUAUUAAGGUUCAUCAAGUCUCUAUUGGCAUGACGGAAGGAGAGGCUUUAUAAAAGACAGGAUUAAGACAUAAGAAUUGUUGGUGGUAUUUAUUUAAUAAAAAACAAUAAAAAGGGAACGUCAGAAAUCUUUAGCAGAAUGGAAAAAUAAGGACUUUACAAAAGCGCCCCCUGUUGGCCAAAUAACAGUUCUGUGAAUCUGUGUUCAUUUACAGCAGCGUCGUUGUGAACUAUAUCCGUUUAAAUCUGUCUACAUACAGUACGUUCAUUUUGUUAAACUGUUCACUGAUCCACACUUGUGGACAGGGCCACAAGUUGUCAUUUGUGUAGUUUAAAGGCAUAGUUCACCCAAAAAUAAAAAUUCUGUCAUCUUUUAUUUAUCCCCAUGUAGUUUAAUUUUGUAUAUGAUUCUUUUAUCAGUGAAACACAAAAGAAGAUACUUUGAAAAAUGUCUCUGUGUUUUUUUUUGUCUGUACAAUGAAAGUCAAUGGCGUCCAAUGUGUUUGGUUACCAACGUUCUUUAAAAUAUUAUUUUGUGUUCUGCAGAAGAAAGUCAUACAGGUUUGGAAUGACACGAUGGUGAAUAAAUGAUGACAGAAUUAACAUUUCUUGGUGAACUAUCCCUUUAAGUAUUGGUAUUACGUGCAGAGGGGUCCAAACAUCUGAGAUCAUGAGUUAAAAUGCUUCUGAUUCUAAUAAAGAAAUACAAAUUAUACUAUUAUACAAACAAUUUGUUAUAUACUGUAUAUUAUUUAUGUUAUAUGUUUAUAUUAUAUACAUUAAAGUGAAAGUUCACCCAAAAUAAGAAUUCUGUCAUCAUUUAUUCACCCUCUUGUCAUUUUAUACCUGUAUGACUUGUAAAUGAUGACAGCGUUUUCAUUUUUGGGUGAACUAUCAUUUAACAAUCUAACAUAUUGUCUAUUAUUCAUUACUUAUUUGAAUUCUUUACUGGAUAUGACCAGGUUUUACUUUUUAUUUUUUUAAGUGAUUGUGAUAUAUACUGAAGACUCGGUAUACUGUAUGUUAGAUUCAUAAGUCAAUUCAGUUAUCUUUACAGAUACAUUGCUAGUUUUCCAAAGCAACACAAAUGCCCUCAUUGGCUAAAAAGACAUGGAUGUCAAUGACAUUUGCUCACUUGGCAGACGCUUUUAUAAAAAGCAACUCACAAAUGAGAAACACAACAAAGAGACUCAUCCUGACAAGGCAAGGACAGGAAAAGGACUUCUUUAUUCACUUUUCUUUUUUACAUCACUAUCAAGGGAUUUGACACUUCAGAGCAAGCGGACAUCCUCACACUGCACAGCCAAUAGAAUAAACACCAGCACACGACA